UAUUGAGAUGCACAUUAUCAUCUCUAGUGUUCUCAACAUCUUCUUUUCUACUGAUUUUCUUCUACUUUUUUCAAUUAUACAAAAACUCUAUCAUCUUCGCCACUUCCCCUUAUUUAACCAAUACAAUUAACCAAAACACUCCACCAUUGUCCUUCACCACCCAUACUAAAGUUAGCAGUGUAUGGAAGAAGAAGAAGAAUACGGGAGAUUUGGAGUUAAUUGAAGCAAAUUUAGCAAGUGCAAGAAUGGCUAUACAACAAGCGCUUCUUACGAACAAUUUUACUUCACAAACUAAUUCUGACAUUUUCAUUCCUAGAGGAAGCAUCUACCCAAAUUCUUAUGCUUUUCAUCAGAGUCAUAUAGAGAUGAUGAAGAGAUUGAAGAUAUGGGUUUACAAAGAAGGAGAGAGGCCAUUGAUCCAUAGUGGGCCAAUGAAAGAUAUCUAUUCAAUAGAGGGCCAAUUUAUCGACGAAAUGGAGACUGAAGAAAGCCCAUUCAUGGCCCAAAAUCCAGAGGAAGCCCAUUUAUUUUUCCUGCCAAUUAGCGUUGCGCACAUAGUUGAGUACGUCUACAAGCCCAUCACAUCGUACGAUCGGGGUAAAUUGGUAAGAACCAUCAAGGAUUAUGUGAAUGUUGUAGCAGAUAAGUACCCUUACUGGAAUAGAAGCAACGGUGCUGAUCAUUUCAUGGUCUCAUGUCAUGAUUGGGCACCAGAAUUCUCAAAAGACGAUCCCGACCUAUACAAGAAUAUUAUAAGAGUAAUGUGUAAUGCCAACAUUUCUGAAGGAUUCCAACCCAUAAGAGAUGUAUCAUUGCCAGAGCUAAACAUUCCUGCAACAACUCUCAGCCCUCUCAAACCUAACUUAUCCUCCAAGAAACGCAAAAUACUCGCAUUUUUUGCAGGCGGAGCUCACGGAUACAUCCGUAAAAUCCUAUUAGAUCAAUGGAAGAACAAAGAUGAUGAAAUACAAGUUUACGAGUAUUUACCAAAUUCUGAAGAUUACAAGAAAUUAAUGGGACAGAGUAAAUUUUGCUUGUGCCCUAGUGGGUAUGAAGUGGCUAGCCCUAGAAUUGUUGAGUCAAUAAAUUUAGGAUGUGUUCCUGUUAUUAUUUCUGAUCAUUAUAAUUUGCCUUUUAGUGAUGUUCUUGAUUGGACUCAAUUUUCUAUACAAAUUUCAGUGGAGAAAAUUUCUGAAAUUAAAACAAUUUUGAAAAGUGUUUCUUAUGAUAAGUAUUUGAGAAUGCAAAAAAGGGUUAGGAGAGUUCAAAGGCAUUUUGAGCUCAAUAGACCGGCCAAGCCCUUUGAUGUGCUUCAUAUGGUACUUCAUUCUAUUUGGCUUAGAAGACUUAAUAUUAGGCUCUAAAGUGGAAUUAAUGUAAAACGUUUUUCUAGUGCAAAUGAAAUCAAUUGGUUAA